GUUAGUUAAGUUCAAUUGCUACAAACGCUGAAUAGAGAAGAGAUGAUUAUUCUUCCUUGUAUCUUCUAAAUUUCAUUAAUAUUUGAUCGCUACCGUGUGGCAUCUUAGUUAACUUUGAUUUGAUUUAAGGGAAGAAAGUUGAAUUAGCGCAUGUCAAAAUGCCUAUUGACGAGGUAGAAGGUGAUGUUGUUCAUAAUAACAACACUGUUCAGGAAACAGAAGCAGACAGGCAAUCGGUUGGGUCGUCAGAUUCUGAGGCCAGUUUAGGCGUGCAACUGUCAAGCAGAUGGAAGUUUUACAAUGUUAUCCUCAUGGGCAUUACAUUUAUGUUCCUCUUCACUGCCUUCAAUACUUGCUCCAUGAUUCAAACGUUAGUUCUUGAAGGAGCCAAUAUUGAAACGAACAACACUUCUGGGAAUGGUUAUACCAGUUUAGCCUUGCUGUACGGGGCAUUUGCAGCCUCGAACUGGGUGGCCCCCUCCUUUGUGGCGGUCUUCAACUCCAAGUGGUCCAUGAUCAUCGGGUCGUCACUCUAUUGCGUUUUCAUCGGGUUUUUCUUGAGACCAAAUCAGAUUUCGUUGUACAUCACGUCCGUCCUUAUAGGAUUCGGAGCUGCAAUUCUAUGGACAGCACAGGGCAAGUUCCUGAUAUCCAACUCAACUCUGGACACCAUGACCAGAAACACCGGAAUAUUCUGGGUUUUGUUUCAGUCAAGCCUGAUCUGGGGCAACAUAUUUGUCAUCUUCAAAUUCACCGGCUUGACGAGUAUCGAUGGUCCAACGAGGACCGUCGUCUUCGCUGGUCUCACCUCAGCUGCCUGCCUAGUUCAAUCCGUGAAGCUGCUCUUCAACAAAGAGAUGUUGUUACUCUCGGUUAUUUUCUUCUAUACUGGCCUUUCAACGUCCUUUUGGUCCUCCGUCUUCAUAACGUCGGUCGGACACAUGAGUUACUUUGAAGAUGACGCCAAGCAGCUGUCCGGCUUAUGUGGACUGACUGCUGGCUUCGGAGAGAUGUGUGGCGGUUUGUUAUUUGGCAUAUUCAGCAAGUCCUUGCGAAUAAAUGCGUCGAACCGAGGUUUCGUGAUGUUCGUCGGGUACGUGCUGCAGAUGGUUGCCCUCUUCGCUGCCUUCCUUACGCUGGCCCCUGAAUCACCCAUCAUGGAGACUGACAACCUGGCCUAUUUCACACCCAAGUAA